AAAUAGACUAUGAUCACAGAGGCUGAGUGACGUGGCCCUGGCUCCUUUAUAUACCAAACUCUGUCCUCUUGUCCUAACAGUCAAGUUAACCAGAGUCAACUCUAACAGUGCUGCUCCAGCUCAGCUCAGCUCACCUGCCACCACCAUUUCUCCAAAAGCGACAUCCUUCACACAGAGAGAGGAACGACUUGUCAAGAGGGUGCCAAUUAAAAAAAGCGGACGACCAGCUGCCUUUGCACGUUGUAAACCGGAUCAUUUAAUCCAUCACUGCCCUGACAUAAGUGGUUUCUUCGCAAGUGCAUCCGAAAAAUCUCCAGGCUGCUUUUUAAACUCCCCCAAGUUUGAACUUUCCUCCGCGAGAGCGCGCGUUGCCACCGAGCCGCUAAAGUUUUCUGCGCUGCCGAGCGCACAAUUCAACACCCAAGUGUCACCGAGGUAUAAAAGUGGACACGGAAAAAGUUACCAUGAUGAGCAAUAACUACGGUGAAGACCAGCUGCCCCCGCAGUACUACCAGGCCACCGACUUUGGGGAAGAGGAGGACGACGAGAUGCCAGCCACGGAGAAGGACCUGGCCGAGGACGCGCCAUGGAAGAAGAUCCAGCAGAACACCUUCACCAGGUGGUGCAACGAGCACCUCAAGUGCGUCAACAAGACCAUCACCGACCUGCAGAGGGAAUUUACUGACGGGCUCAAGCUCAUUUCGCUCCUGGAGGUUUUGAGCCAGAAGAAAAUGUACAGAAAGCACCACACCAGACCCAACUUCCGUCAGAUGAAACUGGAGAAUGUGUCUGUGGCACUGGAGUUCCUGGACAGAGAGCACAUCAAACUGGUCUCCAUAGAUAGCAAAGCCAUUGUUGAUGGGAAUCUAAAGCUGAUCCUGGGUCUUAUCUGGACUCUCAUCCUGCACUACUCUAUCUCCAUGCCCAUGUGGGAUGACGAGGAUGACGAGGAGACAAAGAAGCUGACCCCCAAACAGCGGCUGUUGGGCUGGAUUCAGAACAAGGUGCCCCAGCUGCCCAUCAACAACUUCAACCGUGACUGGCGAGAUGGCAAAGCGCUGGGAGCUCUGGUCGACAACUGUGCCCCUGGUUUGUGUCCUGACUGGGCAGAGUGGGACCCAAACCAGCCCGUGCAGAAUGCCAAAGAAGCCAUGCAACAGGCUGACGACUGGCUGGGUGUGCCUCAGGUGAUCGCUCCUGAGGAGAUCGUGGACCCAGAUGUGGAUGAGCAUUCAGUGAUGACCUACCUGUCCCAAUUCCCCAAAGCAAAGCUGAAGCCCGGAGCUCCUCUCAGGCCCAAACAGCUUUUCCCAAACAAGGCCAAAGCCUACGGACCUGGCAUCGAGCCUCAUGGCAACAAGGUUCUGCACCCUGCUGUGUUCACUGUGGAAACCCUGGAAGCCGGCAGCGGUGAGGUCCUGGUCUAUGUGGAGGAUCCUGAGGGACACAAGGAGGAGGCUAAGGUUAAACCCAACAAGGACAAGAACAGAACCUACACUGUCACCUAUAUUCCUAAAGUUGAGGGUGUUCACAAGGUUAAAGUGCUGUUUGCUGGUCAGGACAUUGACAAGAGCCCCUACACAGUGAACGUAGCAAAGGACAUGGGCGACCCCAGCAAAGUCCACGCCAGGGGACCUGGUCUUGAUGCUACUGGCAACAUAGCUAACAAACCCACCUACUUUGACAUCUACACAGCUGGUGCUGGCAAUGGCGACGUCAGUGUGGUAAUCGUCGAUCCUCAGGGCAAAAAGGACACAGUGGAGCUCAUCCUGGAGAAUAAGGGCGACAGUGUUUUCCGUUGCACCUAUCGUCCCAUGCAAGAAGGGCCUCACACCAUCCACGUAUUGUUCGCAGGCCAGGAGAUCCCCAAGAGUCCUUUCACUGUCAACAUUGCAGAGGCAAUGAACCCAAAUGCCUGCAGAGCUACAGGCAGAGGCCUUCAGCCUAAAGGCGUGAGAGUAAAGGAGGUUGCAGACUUCAAAGUUUUCACCAAGGGAGCUGGCAGUGGAUCGCUGAGCGUCUCAGUCAAAGGACCAACUGGUGCAGAGGAGAAAGUGAAAGUACGAGAUGCAGGAGACGGUGUGUAUGAAUGUGAAUAUUACCCCCUUAAGCCUGGCAAAUACACAGUCAGCAUCACCUGGGGAGGCCAGCCCAUCCCACGCAGCCCUUUCGAAGUGGAGGUGGGUGCAGAGGCAGGUUUUCAGAAGGUGAGGGCCUGGGGUCCUGGACUGAAGACUGGCAUGGUGGGAAAAUCUGCUGACUUUGUUGUAGAGGCCAUCGGCACUGAAGUUGGAACUCUAGGCUUCUCCAUCGAAGGCCCAUCACAGGCUAAAAUUGAGUGUGAUGAUAAGGGUGAUGGCUCCUGUGAUGUGCGCUAUUGGCCCACUGAGCCCGGUGACUAUGCUGUCCAUGUCAUUUGUGAUGACGAGGACAUCAAGGACAGUCCCUUCAUGGCCCACAUCCUUCCUGCAGUCAAUGACUGCUUCCCUGAGAAGGUGAAAGCAUACGGUCCAGGCCUGCAGCCAACUGGCGUCAUUGUGAACAAACCAACUGAAUUUACCAUCGAUGCCCGCAUGGCCGGGAAGGGUCACCUCAAGAUUUACGCACAGGACGCUGAAGGCUGCACCAUCAACAUCAAGAUCACUGACAAGGGAGACGGCACAUUUCUGUGUGUGUACACCCCUGUCAAGUCCAUUAAACACACCAUCAUUAUCUCCUGGGGGGACGUCAACGUGCCCAACAGCCCCUUCAGGGUGCUGGUUGGAGAGGGAUGUCAUCCAGACAAAGUCAAGGUCUAUGGGCCUGGAGUGGAAAAGACGGGGCUUAAGGCUAACGAGCCAACAUACUUCACAGUGGACUGCAGCGAGGCCGGUCAAGGGGACAUCAGCAUUGGAAUCAAGUGUGCCCCGGGGGUGGUUGGCCCUGCCGAGGCAGACAUCGACUUUGACAUCAUCAAGAAUGACAAUGACACCUUCACUGUCAAGUACACUCCCCCCGCUGCAGGCCGAUACACCAUCAUGGUGCUGUUUGCUGACCAGGAAAUUCCCAUCAGUCCAUUUAAAGUCAAGGUGGAUCCUUCCCAUGAUGCUGGUAAGGUGAGAGCAGAGGGCCCCGGACUCAACAAAACAGGAGUGGAGGUGGGCACUCCAACCCACUUCACCAUCUACACAAAGGGAGCCGGCAAGGCCAAGCCUGAGGUACAUUUCACAGCAUCAGGCCCAGGAGAGGCGGUUCGUGACUUUGAGAUCAUCGAUAACCACGAUUACUCCUACACUGUCAAGUACACGGCUCUUCAACAGGGUAACAUGGCAAUUUCAGUCACACACGGAGGAGAUCCCAUUCCCAAGAGCCCCUUCCACAUCACAGUGGCACCCCCUCUGGAUAUUGGGAAGGUGAAAGUGGAGGGAUUAGACACCAAAGUGGAGGUUGGAAAGGAUCAGGAGUUCACAGUCAACACAAAGGGCGCCGGUGGGCAAGGCAAUGUGGGUGUUAAGAUGACCUCCCCCUCUGGCCGGCCAAUCCCAUGCAAGCUGGAAUCAGACAAAGCCAAAGGCACUCACGGUGUGAAGUAUAUUCCCCCAGAGGAGGGGCAGUACAAGGUUGAUGUCAGCUAUGAUGGCAACCCGGUGAUGGGAAGCCCCUUUGGGGUUGAAGCAGUGAUGCCUGCUGAUCCUUCAAAGGUGAGAGCCUAUGGCCCAGGCCUGAAGGGAGGCAUUGUGGGUAAACCAGCUCCAUUCACUAUUGACACAAAGGGAGCUGGUGCAGGCGGGCUGGGCCUGACUGUGGAGGGUCCCUGCGAGGCAAAGAUCGAGUGCCAGGACAAUGGUGAUGGCACAUGCUCAGUGUUUUACCUGCCCACCGAGGCCGGGGAGUAUGCCAUCAACAUUCUGUUUGCCGAGAAGCACAUUCCCGGCUCUCCCUUCAAGGCUGCUGUGCGCCCAGCCCUGGACCCCAGCAAGGUGACGGCUUUCGGGCCGGGCCUGGAGAAGGCCAAGGCGGGCGAACCGGCGACCUUCACUGUGGACUGCACCCGUGCAGGCGACGCUGAGCUCACCAUUGAGAUUGUGUCAGAGACCGGGGUGAAGGCUGAAGUGCACAUCCAGAAAACAGCAGAGGGGACCUUCUCCGUUACAUACAUCCCAUCCUUCCACGGCUCACACACCAUCACGAUCAAAUAUGGCGGCCAGAUGAUUCCCCAGUUUCCCAAGGUCCUGCAGGUUGAGCCCUCUGUGGACACCAGCGGCGUGCAUGUCUAUGGACCAGGAGUGGAGCCCAGAGGGGUCCUCAGAGAAGUCACAACCCACUUCAUCGUUGAUGCUCGCGCCCUCAACAAGGUUGGAGGAAAUCAUGUGAAGGUUCACAUUAUCAGCCCCUCCGGCACCAACACAGACUCCUACAUCACUGACAAGGGAGACGGCACCUACAGAGUGGAGUACACUGCAUUCGAGGAUGGAAUGCAUCUGAUUGAGGUGCAUUAUGACGAGGCGCCUGUUCCCAAGAGUCCUUUCAGAGUGUCUGUGGUGGAGGGGUGCGAUCCAACCAGGGUUCGCGCUUAUGGACCAGGUCUGGAGGGAGGGAUUACCAACAAGCCUAACUACUUCACUGUGGAGACCAGGGGAGCUGGUACAGGAGGUCUGGGCCUGACCAUUGAGGGAGCCUCUGAGGCUAAAAUAUCCUGCAAGGACAAUAAAGAUGGCAGCUGCAGUGUGGAGUACAUUCCCUACACUCCUGGAGACUAUGAUGUCAACAUUAACUACGGAGGCCACCCGAUCCCAGGCAGUCCCUUCCGUGUACCAGUGAAGGACCCUGUGGACCCCAGCAAGGUGAAGUGCUCAGGUCCAGGACUGGGCACCGGAGUGAGAGCUCAUGUUCCUCAGACCUUCACAGUAGACUGUACCAAGGCUGGACAGGCUCCACUGGACGUCAAACUCUAUGGACCAACAGGUACUGUGGAGCCAGUUGGUGUGAAGAACAAUGGCGAUGGCACCCACACAGUUCACUACACCCCAGCCCAGGAUGGCCCUUACACUGUCGCUGUCAAAUAUGCAGAUCAGGAAGUCCCACACAGUCCAUUCAAGGUAAUGUCUCAGCCUGGGCAUGACGCCAGCAAGGUACGCGCCAGUGGCCCUGGUCUAGACACAAAAGGUGUGUCUGCGAGCCUGCCAGUUGAGUUCACCAUUGAUGCUCGUGACGCCGGAGAGGGACUGCUCACUGUGCAGAUUCUGGACCCAGAGGGCAAGCCAAAGAAUGCAACCAUCCAGGACAACAGGGACGGCACCUACACUGUCUCCUAUGUGCCUGACUCUACAGGCCCCUAUACUAUCACCAUUAAAUAUGGAGGAGAUGAGAUCCCUUACUCCCCAUACCGCAUCCAGUCCCUGCCCACAGGAGACGCCAGCAAAUGUCGCCUCACAGUUUCUAUUGGAGGACACGGCGUGUCAAGCCUUCAGAAGCUGCAGACCUCCGAGGACACGGUCAUCACAGUGGAUGCAAAGGCGGCAGGGAAAGGCAAGGUGACCUGUAAGGUGCAGACCCCACAAGGGAUGGAGCUGGACAUGGAUGUGGUGGAAAAUCGUGAUGGGACCUUUGACAUUUACUACACAGCCCCUGAGCCUGGGAAAUAUGUUAUCACCAUCCGCUUUGGGGGACAGAACAUCCCCAAGAGUCCCUUCCAUGUGGUGGCCACAAAUGAGCCAGUUGUUCCGCGCGAUACUGUGGAUCCUCUCUUCCGGCCCGUUAACUUCCUCGUCCCCUUCACGCCACAGCAAGGAGAAAUCACAGGUGAGGUGCGGAUGCCUUCGGGCAAGACUGCCCGCCCGCAUAUCACUGACAAUAAGGAUGGCACCAUCACAAUCAAGUACCAGCCCACAGAGAGAGGUCUGCACGAGAUGGACAUCAAAUAUGAAGGCAACCACAUUCCAGGAAGCCCUCUGCAGUUCUUUGUGGAUGCUGUGAACAGCGGAGUGGUGACUGCUUAUGGUCCAGGUCUGAGUUACGGCAUGGUCAACAAGGCUGCUACUUUCACCGUUGUUACCAAGAAUGCAGGAGAAGGUGGUCUGUCACUGGCAGUGGAGGGUCCCUCUAAGGCCGAGAUCACCUGCAAGGACAACAAAGACGGUACCUGUACUGUGUCCUACCUGCCCACAGCUCCAGGAGACUACAACAUCAUCGUCAAGUUUGACAACAAGCACAUUCCUGGCAGUCCCUUUACUGCUAAGAUCACUGGGGACGAUGCCAUAACCAGGACAUCCCAGCUGAAUGUCGGAACAGCAGCUGACGUGUCCCUGAAGAUUGCAGAGACUGAUCUGAGCUCCCUGACUGCCAGUAUCAGAGCACCAUCAGGCAAUGAGGAACCCUGCCUGCUCAAGAGGCUGCCCAACAGACACCUCGGUAUUUCUUUCACCCCUAAGGAGGUCGGCGAGCACGAAGUGAGCGUGAGGAAGAACGGCGUGCAUGUGGCCAACAGCCCUUUUAAAAUCAUGGUCGGCCAGUCAGAGAUCGGCGAGGCCAGCAGAGUGAAGGCUUUCGGUAAAGGCCUGGUGGAGGCACACACUUUCGAGAUGGCUGAGUUCUUUGUGGAUACAAGGAAUGCAGGUUAUGGAGGUCUAGCAUUGUCAAUCGAAGGUCCGAGCAAAGUGGAUAUCAACUGUGAAGAUAUGGAGGACGGGACAUGCAGAGUCACUUACUGUCCAACAGAACCUGGAAAUUACACUGUUAACAUCAAGUUUGCUGAAAAACAUAUUCCAGGAAGUCCUUUCACAGUAAAGGUGACCGGAGAAGGAAGGAUGAAGGAGAGUAUCACUAGAAAGAGACAGGCCUCUUCUAUUGCUUCAGUGGGCAGCACAUGCGGCCUUAACCUCAAGAUCCCAGGAAACUGGUUCCAGAUGGUUUCAGCUCAGGAGAGACUGACCAGGACAUUCACCCGCAGCAGCCACACGUACACCCGCACAGAGCGCACGGAGAUCAGCAAAACCCGCGGCGGGGAGACCAAAAGGGAAGUGCGAGUGGAGGAGAGCACCCAGGUGGGCGGAGGAGGAAGCCCCUUCAGAGAUGUGUUUGGAGACUUUCUGGGCAGAGAGUCUCUCAGCAGCUUCGCUGGCAUCACUGCCAGACCUGAGGUUGAGAGUGGCUCUCAGACCAUGACGGCUCAGGUGACCAGCCCCAGUGGGAAAACAGUGGAUGCUGACAUCGUGGAUGGUGGGAGCAGCACCUACAGCGUGCGCUUCAUCCCCCAUGAAAUGGGAGCCCACACUGUCAACGUCAAGUACAGGGGCCAGCACGUCCCUGGUAGCCCCUUCCAGUUUACUGUGGGGCCCAUGGGGGAAGGAGGAGCGCACAAGGUCCGCGCAGGUGGACCUGGUCUGGAAAGAGGCGUGGCUGGAGCACCAUCUGAAUUUAGUAUCUGGACCAGAGAGGCAGGUGCUGGCGGUCUGUCUAUCGCUGUAGAAGGCCCCAGCAAGGCUGAAAUCUCAUUUGAGGACAGGAAAGAUGGCUCCUGCGGCGUCUCUUACAUAGUGAAAGAACCAGGUGACUACGAGGUGUCAAUCAAGUUCAACAAUGAGCACAUCCCUGACAGCCCAUUCAUCGUUCCGAUUGCUACACUGUCAGACGAGGCCCGCAGGCUCACUGUCACAAGCCUUCAGGAGAAGGACUUGAAGGUAAACCAAGAGGCAUCCUUCAUGGUGCAGCGCAGUGGUGCUCGAGGGGUGGUUGAUGCCAAAGUCCACACUCCCUCUGGCUCUUCUGAGGAAUGCUAUGUCACUGAGCUCGACAGCGACAAGAGUGCGAUCCGCUUCAUUCCACGGGAGAACGGAGUUCACUCCAUAGAUGUCAAGUUCAAUGGAUGCCACAUUCCUGGGAGCCCAUUUAACGUGCGAGUGGGAGACCCAGGGCUGGCUGGAGACCCAGGCAUGGUGACAGCACAUGGCCCUGGACUGCAGGGAGGAACCACAGGUGUAUCCUCAGAGUUUGUGGUCAACACCUGUAACGCAGGCUCCGCCACUCUAUCGGUCAACAUCGACGGCCCGUCCAAGGUCAAGAUGGACUGCCGGGAGUGUCCUGAAGGCUACAAGAUCACCUAUACGCCCAUGGCGCCUGGCAACUAUCUCAUCACUAUCAAAUACGGAGGACCACAGCACAUAGUGGGCAGCCCCUUCAAAGCCAAAAUCACAGGCGCCCGGCUGUCAGGGGGACACAGCCUCCACGAGACCUCCUCCGUCCUGGUGGAAACAGUCACCAAGACCUCCAAAGUGGGCGGUGCCUACAGCUCCAGCUCCUCCUCUUCCACCACCUCUUCAAAACUGACAUCUGAUGCCAGCAAGGUGGUUUGUCGUGGAGCGGGGCUGUCCAAGGCUGUGGUCGGACAGAAAAACAAUUUUACAGUUGACUGCAGCAAAGCAGGUACCAACAUGCUGAUGGUGGGCGUGCACGGACCCCAUGCCCCUUGCGAAGAGGUGUACGUCAAGCACAUGGGCAACAAGCUCUACAAUGUCACCUACACCGUCAAGGACAUGGGCAGCUACACCGUCAUCGUCAAAUGGGGUGACGACAAUGUCCCUGGGAGCCCUUACAAAAUGGUUGUAGCCUAAAAAAAAACUGUUCCAGUGCCCCUGUCCCUUCUCCUCCACUGACCCACCACCUGUUUCCCAUCAUGUGCACGCAUCAAUCAAACAACCCAGUACUUCUGCUCCGGCGCUGCUCUUCGCUCCUCAACGGAUUACAAAAUACUCAACAUGCACUAAAACCUGCACGGACAUUUGCUCACAGUUUUCUUCAUGACAGAAUAUCUAUUGUGCCAAAGUUUUUUAUUAACUCCAGAAAUCACAUUUACAACCAUGCAACCAUUCAGAGUGACGUAAAGGCAAACAGGGUGGUUGACGAGUCUUUGAGUGAUGUUUUGCUCGGUCCAUGAAUCUUCCUCUCUCCGUGCUGUUGUGUUGUAAACGGAUUGCAUCAUACAUGAAUGUUCAGAGACGUCGGAGUAAUCAGCAGUAUCAAAGCGUGGUGCAAUAUGGUUUUGUAUGGUUUAAGAAUGAGAUAUUGACUUUGUUUUGUUAUAUUAACCUAUUUUUGGUAAGUCUUUGCAGACCUAAUAAAGAUUGAAUCGCUAACUUUCCAAACGGAAGCCUCUGAAUUUAUUUGAUUUCUCACAGUGCUCGCAGACCCUUCGCCUGUUCAGCAGGAGGCAUUUCUUACUUUUUAGAUUUUCAUAGUUUCAUCAUGCAGCUAUUUUCUGACCACUGCUGGUUCCUCUGUUUGAGCAGCUGUCAGGGUAUCUUCUCUUGAUCACAGUCUCUCUGCUGCCAGCAUCUAAUGGAUGGUAGAUCUCCAGGCUUUUAAUAUAUGUGAAUCUCCUACAGCCUUUUCUUUACCUACAGCAUCAAAAUUAACAUUACUGAUUAGUAUUACACUGAUGAAUCAAUCGGAUAAUCUUCCACACCUCUCAUUUACAUCCUGUACUUGUCCAGAUGCAAUCACAAGAUGGCAGCAUAGUCAAACUCUGCUCUAUAUCUGCGUCUCCACCUAAUACGCCAGCACCAAAUCUCCAUUGUUCCCAGUGAAGAUUAACUACUCCAUCCUUAACACAAGGGAGCCUGCGGAGCAUAGAAACCAGAGGCAUCAGCUUCCAUUGUGUGUGUAAUUAAUCCUGUUGGAUCAGAGAUGGAACACAAGUGGUUUCUGUUGUGGCAUCCUCGUGGGGUGGGGAGAGACCCUGCUGAGGCACAAAUCAACCAGAAAGAAGGGAGUUUCAGCCUCUCCCCUGUGUGUGUUCCCCCCUGCAUAUGUGUGCGUGUCUCCUCCGCGGCCUUGUGCAUGUGUUCUCUAUGUCCUCUGCGUGGUCUACAGGCCUCGGUCCCACAGUGAGUCAACCACCCAGCCUCCACAAGCUGACACACACCACCAGCACCAGUACCAUUCUUCACAGAGAGGGGCCUAUAAUUAGGUGCUAAUUUUCUCUGGUUCCACUGUGACACGAUGCUGGGGGCCAUGGCGAGGCAAGACAGAGCGAGCUGGUGCAUUUGAUGAACAGUGGCGAGAGCUCGACUCCGGACCAUCUGGCCAAGUGGCUGGCGCUGCCCGCUGCUGCCCAUGCUGCCCAUGCUGACGUUGGGACCUGGGCAGGGCCCACCCACGUCAGCCUGCUCCUCCGGACCGGGACCCAGGCGUCUGUCCACCACAACAUGUUUAUCUCGAGUGGUUG